AUGUGGCGGUGCUGUUUUUUGGUGCUUGUGGGCACGGUGGCCGUGAGCGCCCAGUUCCCCAGAGAGUGUGUAACACCCGAAGGACUCAGAAGCGGACAGUGCUGUCCGUCGCCCCCUGGACUCAAUAACGACCCGUGCGGCGCGAGCACGGGCCGCGGACAGUGUGUGUCCAUCACGGUGGACGCGCGCCGGCACGGACCUCAGUACCCGCACGACGGACGGGAUGAUCGGGAGCGAUGGCCGGUCCGUUACUUCAAUCGCACUUGUCAGUGUAACGGAAACUUCAGCGGGUAUAACUGCGGCCGCUGCAGACACGGAUGGACGGGGCCCAACUGUGACCAGCAAAUUUCUGUGGUAAGAAGAAACGUGAUGCUGCUCAGCGCCGAGGAGAAGCGUGCGUUCGUGAACGCGCUGGACCAGGCCAAGCGCACGGUGCACCCUGACCUGGUGAUCGCCACGCGGCGCUACCCGGAGAUCUUCGGGCCCGACGGGAACACCGUGCAGUUUGAGAACAUCACCAUCUACAAUUACUUCGUGUGGACGCACUACUACUCGGUCAGCAAGACAUUCCUGGGCGCGGGACAGGCCAGCUUCGGGGGAGUAGACUUCUCACACGAGGGGCCCGGUUUUGUCACGUGGCACAGGUUCCACCUGUUGCAGUUGGAAAGAGACAUGCAGGACAUGCUGCAAGACCCCUCGUUCGCCCUGCCGUACUGGAACUUUGCCAUAGGUGGGAGCACAUGUGACAUCUGCACAGAUGACCUGAUGGGAGCCCGCAGCAGCUUUGACAUGAAUUCCCUGAGCACCAACUCUAUCUUCUCCCAGUGGAGGGUCAUAUGUGAGAGUGUGGAGGACUAUGACACACUGGGAACCAUCUGCAACAGCACAGAGACUUCUCCCAUCAGAAGGAACCCAGCAGGAAAUGUCAACAGGCCAAUGGUCCAGCGUCUCCCAGAACCCCAGGAUGUAGCGGACUGUCUGCAGGUUAACACUUUCGACACACCACCCUACUACUCCACCUCCUCUGAGAGCUUCAGAAACACAAUAGAAGGUUACAGUGCCCCCCAGGGGAACUAUGACCCUGUGGUGAGGAGCCUCCACAACCUCGCCCAUCUGUUCCUGAAUGGGACAGGAGGACAGACUCACCUCUCACCCAAUGACCCCAUCUUCGUCCUUCUCCACACCUACACUGAUGCUAUAUUUGAUGAAUGGUUGAGGAGACACAGUCCAGAUUCAUCUCUGUAUCCUGAAGAAAAUGCCCCCAUUGGUCACAACAGGGGCUACAACAUGGUGCCUUUCUGGCCUCCAGUGACUAACGCUGAAAUGUUUGUGACUGCACCUGAAAAUCUUGGCUACUCUUACGAAGCUGAAUGGCCAGGUCAACCUUUCACUAUGACUGAAAUCAUCACCAUGGCAAUAGUUGCUGCCCUUGUUGUUGUUGCAGUCAUUUUUGCCGCCACCACAUGUGCGGUGCGUGCCAGGUCUUACAAGAUGGAAGGCCACCAGCCUCUGCUUGGGGAUCAGUACCAGCGCUAUGAUGCUGACAAAAGCCAAUCUGUCGUCUAA